CAUAGAGGAGGAAGUGAGUCGUCGGUAACGUCACAGUGGAGCAGAGCGACAAAAUUAGCCGUUUUAAAACCUCAGAAAUGACGUCAUUGCUUCAAAUUGAACUCUAAAAGUGUCUCGGAAUUCGACUCUUUGUCCAUAAACGUUCUUUAAACACUGGCAAAUAAGAUGUCAGUCAACGCGUCGUGUCAGUCUGUCUGUCAGGAGAGGACCGUGUCGAGCCUCCUCGCCGGUCGCGUGGUGAAGAGGCCAAAGCUGGACGAUGGUCGGCGGCUGCAGGACACAGCCAUUCAGCUGCUGCAGCAGCAGCAGAACCUCAGUGGUCUCCUCAGAGAGGUGGAGACUUUGAAACCACACAGCAGCGUGUGUGUUCAGGGAGCAGCAGCGUCUGAAGGUGUCUCCUCUGCCGCUGCAGCAUCACUGCUGGUGAGCGAGCUGAGGCGUCAGGCGGAGCAGCUGGGCGUCCCCGUGGUGGCGCUCUCGGUGACGACGGCGCUGCAGAGGCUGAAGGAGAUCCUCGCAGGAGGAGGAGGAGGGCCGAGGCGAGAGCUGCUCACUUCCUCUCAGAGAGUCCAGCUGUGUGUCCUGCUGGAGUCCAGCAAGGAGCUGAUGUCCCAGGGAGUCUUCUGUCCUAAACUGCUGUGGCAGGAGUACAGGGCUGACCAGAGGCAGAUCAGUCUGGAGGUGUUGUACCAUCUUCACAGUCACGGCCUCCUCUCCCUCACGUUCAUCCUCCAAAGUGAUGACGGCGUCGGACUGUGGUUGGCGUUGCGGCUGAAAGCUCUGUGCAGUUGGACUCCGCCUCCUCAGGAGGAAGAGGAGGAGACCAAACACGUCCAACGGCGAGUGUUGUCUCUGCUGCUCCGGGUCUUGGUGGGAUCUGGAUUUGAGUCGAGCUGCGAAGCGUCAUCGUCGUCUCUGCUCUGCCGCUCUGUCCUCGACGACGCACUCUUCUGUAUUCUGGACACAGUGGACAAGAAAAGUGACACAGCAGGAGCUGAGCUAUGGGUUCAGUUACUCGACGCUUCGUUGUGCGGGGCGUCGGCGUCACCUGAAGCUCUUCAGCGUUGUUUCACUCACUCGCUCACACAGACGCUCACGUACAAGCCUCGACUGACAGUGUCAGACGCCGUCCGUCUGCAGAACCAGUGGACGUUUGCCAAAGCCAGCCGCCUUCUCACUCUGCUUUUCCGGAAGUUGUCUGUCGUCUUUAGUGCGGAGCUGCUCUUGCGCCACCUGCAGCAGGUUCUGGAAACACACGAGGUGAACUGGAAACACGUGCUGUGCUUCCUGUCCACGCUGCUGGUUUACAACCCUGACGCUGAGUCCAACCUCCGAGAGCUGCUGACCUCUCUGCUGACCUCAGCGUUUGAAGGCUACGACUUGGAGCACAUGGUCACGGCGUUCUUGUUGGCUCGGCAGGGGGCGCUGGAGGGAAGGGCCAUCUUCUCCUCCUACACUGACUGGUUCAAGAUGUCCUUCGGUGGGAGCAGUGGUCUCCACGCUGCCAGUAAGAAAUCGCUGGUCUUUCUGCUGAAGUUCCUCUCUGACCUGGUUCCUUUUGAGCCUCCACAGUAUCUGAAGGUUCACAUCCUCCACCCUCCAUUUAUCCCCACCAAACACCGCAGCCUCCUGAUGGAGUACGUUUCUCUGGCCAAGACCAGACUGACCGACCUCAAGGAGUCGGUGGAGGACAUGGGCUUAUAUGAGGAUGUCUCUGGUGCAGGUGGAACAUCAGCACAGGAUGUGGAGAAAGCAGUUUCUCUGUUUGAAAACACAGGAAGAAUCUCCACCACAGUCAUGGAGGCCAGUAUUUUCCGGAGGCCCUAUUUCCUGACGCGAUUCCUUCCUGCCCUGCUGACACCACGGGUGCUCCCUGUGAAACCUGACGCUCGCAUGAGUCUCAUCCAAGCUUUGAGAAAAGCGGACAAGAUCCCCGCUGCACAGUACUCGUCGUACGUGGAGUCGUGUCACAAACACACACGACAGGAUGAGAGAGUUGUGUGUUUGGACGCCGGCGAUGAUCCUGUGGAGGUGCUGAGACUUCAGCUGCACGGGUUCAGAGAGCUGCUGGAUGUUGAAGGAAACGAUGGAGAGAUGAUGGCUCAGCUGUCCAGGGUCUCACACACGCUGAGCGUCAUCUUCCCCGGUCGUGCCGAUGAUGUCACUGAACCGACGGUCAUCACAGUUCACGUAGACUCUCCUCUGUCCCCUGAGCUCCACGUCACAGUCGUUAACAUGAUCCUCAGACAUUUCUGCCAGUGCCUGUUGGACGCUUCCCGCACAAAUCCUCCAAAUAAGCAGAACCAGUGGGCCUCCAGGUUUGUCGCUGUGUUGCUUGGCAACACACAGCUCCUGUCAGGCCUCAUUCACAGACUCUGGGACCUGUUUCAUAACCAGGGCUCAUCGCUGAGCUCCGCCCACCUUCUCGGCCUGGGAGCAUUUGUCAUCCACCUCCACGCCUCCACGACCCACAGUCACCUGAUCCUGCUGGCUCCGCCCCGUCUGCCCAAACCGGCACCUGUGGCAGAAGCCGUGUGCUCGGCGCUGGUGUGCAGCACGCACUCGGACAUGCUAUUCUGUGUCAGGUUGUGUGUGGCUGCUGUGUGUUACGGGAUCUGCAGAGGAGAGUCGAUGCCGCCGCAGCAGCGGGAGGUCUACGUUUUCAGCGGCUUCUAUAAGAAGCUUCUUUACCUCAUCCCUCGACUGUUGCCUGAGGCGAGAAGGACGACUCCUGUCGCCACCGAGGAGAACCUGACCAGGCUGUGGAGCGGCAGCACCUGGAGAAGAACUGCCUGGCGUCUGUGGACGCACGCCGCCUUUCACCAGCUGCACAACUCACAGCGGUAUCAGCUGUUGUUGUCAGAAUGGCUGAAUCAUGAGCUCAGAGUCCAGAGAAGUCAAGACGUCCUGUCUGACCCAGAGCGUCAGGAGUACCAGCAGUGGGCGUGUCUGGAGCUUUACUGGCCUCGUCCUGAGGAGCAGGGAGGCUGUGGAGGAGACGUGAAGGUCCUCUGUUCUCGUCUCCUCGAUGCCGUCAUGGACCAGUCGUCAGGUGACGUGACUGUGGAGAUGCUGCAUCACAGAUCACAGACGGCCAGAGGAACCUGUCUGCCAGACAUCAUGUCCAGAUUACAGGAGGUGGUGUGUGAGAUGGAGGUGACAGACAAUGUGUGCGACUUCCUGUUUGAGUUUGUGUCUCGGAGAUGCUGCUCACCUGCAGACUCACCGCUGAGCCUGCAACACACACUGAGCACGUGGAACAGAGUGCUGCUCGCUCUCCCGCCGCUGCUCUUCAUUAAGGUGAAAGAUGAAGGAGGGAGGAAGACUCUGGACUGCACCACACUGAUCCAACACAUCAAUCAGCAUCAGAGGACGACGUGUUCUCCCGCAGGAUCGCUGUCCUUCCACCUCACGGCUCAUUUCCUCAGAGGUGUGUUGCGUGCCAGCGCUUGUUGUGAAAGUCCAACAGAAGAAGUGAACAAGGCGUGGUGUCAGAUCAGUGUCCAGUGUCCUCUGCUCCUGACCUCCACAGUGCUGUGGUGGGAGUGUCUGUCUCUGCAGUUGUCGUCACUGUGGUCUCGUGUGUGUGAUGAAGAUUCUCUGCCACAGCAGCUGCAGCUCAUCACUGACUGUCACUGCUGGGCAAACAGUGUGGUCAGCAGCUCGGAGGCGGCGGCGGCGGCGGCGGCGGCGGCGACGCCUGCAGCUCCAGCUCUGAUGUUAGCCUCCAGCCUUCAUCACUCCUGCCGACGUCCAGGCCACAACUUCAGUGCAGCUCUGAACCUGCUGCGACCAGAGAGGAGCGCACAACACCGACAGGUGCUGGUGUUUCUGUUGUUCCUGUGUGUAAACGAGUAUCUGUCAGCUGUUCUCUGCUCUCAGGAGACAAACGUGGACAAGUGUCUGCGUCUGUGUUCACGUCUGGUGUCUGUGUUGGUCGACACGCCUGAUUGGCUGCUCCUCUUCAAGUCCAGCGCAGAACAAGGUGUUUAUCAGUCGGUUACCAUGGUAACGACAGAUCAGGUCACUCGUCUGAUGCCUUGGGCCUUUUACAGUGUGUUGCAGCAACAGAGUUCAGAGCUUCAGCUCAGAGCCGCCGUCAAAUAUCCAGGUUUCCUUCAAACCUCCGUCCUCUGCUAUGUCAGUCUGCUGCAGCUUUUCCUGGACGGACACACACUGACCGCUCGCUCCUGUGACCAGCAGAUUCUGAGUCGAGCCAAGUCCUCCCUCCUGACAGUCAUCUCACUGUCGCCCCCUGCUGCUUUGUCUUCAGGACAACUCAGACAUUUGGAGUCUCAAUGUUCAGACCUGGAUCCAGAGGUGGCGGCAGCUCUGUCGGCGCACCUGAGCGUCCCCAGCCUCAGCCCCGAGAUGGACUUCCUGUGAAGAGCCGGACUUCUGCAGACGACUGACCCGCAGAUCUGGAUGGUCAGUUGUCAUCUGUGGUGCACGUGUUGAACCACCUCCCCGGUCAUUGUGAUGGUCCGCAGGUCAGAGUACGGUGGUGGUGUGGGCGGCUGCUGCUGCUGCUGCUGCUGCUGCUGCUGCUGCUGCU